AUGGGCCAGGAGGGACCAGGGAGGAUAAGGAGAGAACAGGAGGGACCAGAAGAGAGCAGGAGGGAUCAGGAGAGACCAGAAGGGACCAGGAUGGACCAGGAGGGAGCAGGAGGGACCAGGAGGGAGGGACCAGGAGGGAGCCAGGAGGGACUAGGAGGGAGCCAGGAGGGAGCCAGGAGGGACCAGGAUGGGCCAGGAGGGACCGGGAUGGACCAGGAGGGAGACAGGAGGGACCCAGAGGGAGCCAGGAGAGACCACGAGGAACCAGGAGGGACCAGGAAGGACCAGAAAGGACCAGGAGGGAGCUAG